UUUUCGCCGCAUAGGGGCGCUUCAAAAGCAAAGUCAUUGAAAAUUUGAUUCGCUUAUUUUGUGGAAAUGUUGAUUCUAUUUCCCCAAAAAUGAAAAAAUCUCAUUUUAAAAUUAUUGGGACUGUGGGCGUACUUCAAUAAAAACAUACAACAAUGAUUAUUUUUUAAAUCGUAGGCGUUUUGGCUAAGAAAAGUGAAUUCAGUGUUGAAAAGUCAUAAGACUUGUGUCAUCUGUCUCCUCUUCCUUCAAGAUGGCUCCUUCACCGGAGUAUGAUAAGGAACCGAAGGCCCCUGAUAAAGCUGUCGCUAACAUUUCCAGUGACGAUUCUAAAAUUCAGUACAACCACACUAAAGAACAUUCAAGUGCUUCUGAACUGUCUCCUACAGCGCCUUCCAAUAGUGAUGUAGAGAAUAAACUCGUGGAGAGCCUAGACGACGGACAGUUGCGAGCACUUCUGGAUGAAGCGAUCACCUACAAAUGUCCCAAAGACAGAGAGGGAAAAAGCAGUCUCUUUAAGGAGUUGCUGGAGGAAGUGGAACAAGACGAGGAAGCGUGUGAGGCGGCGGCUCGGGCGGGGCGUGCCGGCCGGCGCGACCAUCACUCGAGUCUGCAAGACCUGGUGGCUGCCAUGGCAGCGGAACCCGCGCCUAGGCGAAGGCACCAUCACUCGCACAACGUGUCGGCAAGGACCCACCAUGGAGGGAGUUUGCCAUCCGGUGUAGAUAGAUCCUUCCUCUUUAGCGAGGAGCCGACGCGUGGUGCCUACGUGGCCACAGUGCGAUGUGUCAACCCUCCACCGCUCGCCGAACGCCGCGUCUCCGCCAGCGAUGCCAACGCACCCGGUGAUAUCGAACUUGUUACCAGGCGGAGUAAGCCAAUGUUCCCGAUGACGUACACGGCGCGCGCCACCUUGGAGAUCGGCAGUGGCAGCGUGGGUACGGGCCGCGCGGUCACCACCACCACUGCCUCCAACCAGGUGCGUACCACCACUCCCCGCAGUAACCGCGACCUUCCUACAGCUGGCCCACCCCAAAGGUUUCUCGACACUCCGGUACUCUACGACCCUUAUGCCGGCCAAAAUAAACUCAUGAAGGCUCUCUGCGUCCGCGAGGAAUCCCCCUGCGACAGUGGUGGUAACGUACGGAAAGAGGCACCCGGUGGAAAGGAACCGCGCGGCUCCGACGCUAAAGAGGCGGAUACCGUCGACAUGGAUUGGAAUCGCAGAGUGGAUAUGUGGUACGAAAGCUUGAAUCGCUACACUGGAACGCCACCACUCGAUUACCUCGCCUCUGGGAUGGAUGGACAUUUAUCAAGGGAUUGUAGCGUUAAAUUAAAGGCUGUUGAUAGUGAUAAUAAAGAUAUAAUUAAUGUUAACGAAAAUAAUAGUUCUAAUGUUGAUCAAAGUUUUAAGAACACGCCAAGGAAUAUACUUGAUGGUCAAGACAGGGUUUUGCAUUUAAGUGAUUGCGAUGAAAGUGAUAUUAGCCUAAGAAAACUUCAAAAGGUGGGUAGUGGUUUAGUAACACCAAAUUUAUCAAAGUUAAUAAAUCCAAGAAAUAUUAGAAAUAUGACAAUACAAAAAGCCGAUUCUUUUGAAGAUCUGAAUGCAGAUUAUGAUGCUAAGGAUAAUAUAGUUUUAAAAAGUUCUACAAAAACGGAAAGGAGAUCUAAAGUUAAAGAUAAAAACAAUAAAACUGAUGAAUCACACAUUAUUCAAGGCACAAAAGGUUUAGAACCAUUCAAAAAAAUUCAUACUUUACCAAGUAACAUUCCUCCAUGUACUCUUUCACAAAAGAAAAAAGCUACUUCCGAAAAGGGAGAUCAAGUGAAAGAAAUGAAAAAUAAAGUUUUAGACGAAAGUAGUUCUUGUACUUUUAAUGUUAAUGAAUUAAAAGAAAUAGAACUUGUGAAGAUAAAUGAAACGGAAACUAAUUUGGAGAGUGGCAAAAUUAAACGUAAUGUCUGCGAAGAUGUGGCAAAUAAAUAUGAAAACGAAAGUAACAACAAUGUGGCGUCUUACGAAAAUAUUGCUGAGCCAAUUUCUAAAGAAAAUAUACUUAGCGCAUCUCACGAACACCAGGAUUUCGAAAACAAAAUUGGUUCUAAAAUAUCAGGAAACUGUCCUGGUGAAUCGAGCUCUGAUGAAGUUAUCACUUCAAUACCCGAAAAACAAUUGGUUGACAGCACAGAAAACAAAUCAGGACACGAUAUAAUAAAUCAAUUAAGGAAAAAGUAUGGAAUAUCAGAAACAAAAACUGUGCCCGAUUCAGCAAAUAAACAUGACAAAAUGAACUGGAAGACUGAUGACAGCAAACCAUUUGAUUUCGCCGAUUCCUGUAUCUUUCUAAGCAUCCGUGAGAGCUUACUGAAAUCUAGAUACUUUAUGAAUCAUCCAGCUAAUAAAAUAACCGAAGGCGACACUUAUGCCAAAGAGACCUCUGUGGAAAAAAAAUCCAAAAAGAAAAAUAAACAGAAGGCUAAAGAAAACCCGGGGCCCGAUAAGAACAAUGCCUCUAAAAAGAACGCUUUAAAAUAUCUUCUAUAUAGUGAUUGCACAGCUAAUAAGGCCAAAGAAAAAUCUGCAAUCGCUGAUAAGAUCGAUUCCGCUAUUCCAUUCAGUUGCAUCACAACUCCAGAGGUUGUGGCGAGUUGCAACACGACAUCUACUACUCAGUCGACGGUCGUCGUGGAUCCAAAGCCGCUGCAGUUGGAGUCGUGCUACAACGCCGUUGCCAGCCUCCCCGGCAGCACCCCGGCCCCCGCCGCCGCCGCGCCCCCCGCCCCCGCGCCCCACACCCUCCAGUUGUCUCGCAACGUGCUUCCGACGAGCUCCCUCGGCGGCCUGCUCCUCGCCUCCGAAUCCUGCCCCUCCGCAGACGAGAGCAAGAAAUCUCUGGACGAAAACGGCAACGCGUUCCACGGAUUCAGUUCGCCCGCCUCGGGAUCCAGCCAACAGAAGAAGCCGAGGCGGAAAAAGUCAUCUAAGAACGAGACCGUGAUCAAAUCGCACCAUAUAGACGGCUACCAGGGCAACAAAGACCUCAACGAGGUGUUGCGAUUCAUCGAGUCGAACGCGGACGGGGCGAGGGGCUCCAAAGCGCGCGCCAAGCACAAGGACGACUCCGACGACAAAGGCAAGAAAAGAUGCGCCGAACGACGCAAGGACAAAGAGAGCAAAGUGAAGCGGGCCUCCUCGCUGGAGGAGCGCUCGCGCACCAAGCUCGAGGACCUCACAGACAAGCCCUCCGCGCACCGCCGCCCCGCCGCGCCCCCCGCCAAGCCCGAACGCCGCUCGUGGGGCGACGACGCCCGUGCCGCGCUGCUGCUGCCCGAUGACGCCGAGCUGACCGACUUCCAGACCGUCACCAAGCGCCGCAAGCCGCGACGCCGUCCGGACGACGCCGAGCCGGCCCGCCCUCCGCCCUCGCCGGAGCCCCGGGCCUCGCCAUCCGAGCGCAGCAACGACUCGAACGACGACUUCGACUCGGCGCACUCGCCGCCGCCCGCCCCCGCCCCGGCUCCGCCUCCGCCGCCGCCGCCGCCCGCCCAGCCGCCGCCGCACCCGCCCGCCUCGUACGCGGACAUCGCCCGCACCCGCAACAACAUUCCCGAUCUCAUCGAGUCGUGCAACUUCUACGCCGAGGGCGACGAGCCGAAGGAGCGGCCGGCGCCCGACCGGAAGGCCGCCGCCUCCGCCGGCGAGACCAUGGAGGGCUAUCCGGCGCUGGCGACGCGGCGGCCCCGCGACAAGGCCGGCGGGGGCGCGACUAGGCCCCAGCGCAAGGAGCGGGACGGAGCGCGAGCGGCGGAGCCGGCGCCGGAUGUGGUGGCGGAUCGCCGGCCGCCCGUCAUCCUGUUGGCGGCGGCGGCCAGGGGCCGCGACAUGGACGGCAUCACGUUCGGCUUUGACGUCAACGAGCAGCUGCUGAGCGGCGGAAGGCGCGCACGCUGCGACCUGCUGGAGGGGGUUCCGGUGCGGGCGGGCUGCGCGGCCUUGCGCUAUGUGCCUCCGACCCUGAUGCCGCACGCCACGCACACGUACCAGAUCGUGGAUUACGUCGGCACGGCCUGGGAGGACAUAAUCCGUUGCAGUAACGGCAAAGUGCGGUAUUUCAGCGAAUAAAUGCUCCCCGUACAGACGGUGCGUCAGCCCUCGAAUAUCGCGUGUGAGUGCUCCGUAUACGUGACUUGCGUCGCUCUGCGUACGUUUGCUUGUAAAUAUGUGCAUAAGUGAGCUAUUUAAUGUCAUGAACCGCAUUUGGUGUCAUUUCUUGGUGUAGUGUUGUCGAGGUGUAUUUUCGUGUUAUGCUGUUGUGUCACGACCCUCAGUGGCGUCCAGUUUGGUACCCGCGUGGCGACUCUCUUCAAAAGACCCAAUUCAAUUGAUCGCUGAAGGUCUGAAUGACGUCACUAGUUAACCUAGUCAUUCUUGUUAACGUAUGAACUCCGGCGUGUCGUGAUACAAUGAGUUAGCUUAAGAUGUGAUUAAAUUUCGUUUUACCGAAUAGCAUCGAUUUGUUAUAUAAUCACAAUUAUGCGAUUAAUUCUCUCUAUUGUAACUAGAUACUGAUAUCCUAAUUUGUUAUGUAUUUUUUAAGUUAUACACAGAAAUUGGUUUAUUGUUUGAGCUCGAAUGUACUGAAUGGUGCCAGUAUGAUUCAGCCAAAGGUCGGUUAUAACUGUGGUUGUUGAUAUUAUUAUCAUCGUAAUAGAUUCAUAAUUAACAGGAAUUAUUUCAUCGGCUAUUUACAUGUAACCAUUAAUGUGCUACAAAACUCAUUACUAACAUUGAGAGAUCAUUGUCGUACAGGCACCGUCUGUAUAUUUUAAAUUUUAAGAAUACAUUUAUUUUUUAAUAGAGAAAUAUAGUCUAUACUUCGUUGAUAUAAAUUAUACAGAUUACAACAUAAUUAUAUAUCUAUAUUUUGUAAAGAAUGGGGGAUAUGGCAACUUAAACUGUAUCCUAAUGUUCUUAGUUUUUCUGCUGAAUGUUUUUAGGUAUUAAAAAUGGCCUGCAACCUCGGAACGUAUACCUCCGAAGUGCGUACCCGUACGUACGUUUAACGUAUACUUACAUGAACUUUCUAUCAUUUUGGUAUUAUUUAUUCUUACCUCCUAGAAACUUAAACGUCUAGUGUAAUAUUUUAACUCAAGUAUAAUUGCGUCUCAUUACAUCGCCGCUUAAACACAAAUAGUGAUGUAAAAGUGCGAACUUGGGACGUACUAAAAUGGUUCCUUUGGUCGUUUUAAAUUUCCUUGCAAACUAAGCAGAAAUAUUGGCCAAUUUAAGGUAUUAUCUAUCUAACGUUAGUCAUAAAAUGUCUCACGAAGCAAGAUUACAUUUUAUCAGCAAUUUCUUAAUUUGCGUAGAUUAAACCUUACAAAUAUAAUCAACAUAAUAUUGCGAAUAUCCUCCAUUUUUUAAGCAUGUAUAGUAGGAUUCACGAUUUUCGAUAUCCUAUAAGUCUAUCAACCUAGAGUUUUUAAUCGUUCCCAUAGCUUUUUUAACAUACGGAACAUAACAUAGAAAGGAUACCAGAGGUUGAUAGCAUACCUAAAAAAUCGUGUCGAUUCCUAUAACUCAUAUACUAUAUCUAUAUCAUUAGAAUUUUGCCCUCAUUUCUAAAAAUAAAUAUAAACCAAGAUUAUAAAAAAAAUUCGUUAUCAAAGCUAGUCGAAUGUUCUCCUAAAUUCGAAAUUCUUUUCAAUAUCGCUAUAGUCUUAGUGUAUGUUAGUAUAAAUCGUGUUAAUAUGUCAUAACAUAAAUUAUUAAAAUAAGUAUAUAAAUGUGAAAUUAUGUAAAUAAAGGUCAGUCAUUAAGAGAACAUUACUCAAUUGGUGUUUUGCGUGUGUAUCUAAAGUAUUCACUUUUCUACAGGACCUCUGUCACCAAAACUUUGCUUUUCGAAACUGCAUUUAUAACAUGUAGGUCUGGUUGCUAUAUUUUUAGUCUAGGUGUAUCGUAGCCCGAUUCAUAUGUAAUCAGAAAAUAGUUACCAGAUUAGCGGCACAUUUAGUUAAUGAAAAAUACACCGCUGACAUGGACUUAAGCCAAAUUCCGAGAUGAGUGAUGAGUGCGAACUAUGACUCCCGUUUGUCAAAAUAGAAAAUAUUUUUGACGUAUAGUAGGCGGACCAAGCGGUACUAUUAAAGUCCCCUCGAGUAUUGAUUACGUUCAGUUAUUUUAUUAAUUAAAUUAGCUUAAUCUUUUAAGACUUGGAAACCUGACUGAAAUCCUAUUUAUUGAGAGACAAAAUUGACUCGUACAAGCUUGACGUCGACUUCGUGUCAACGAAAACGCUCUUGUUUUCUAUUUUUAUGAAGCAAUUUAAUUAGAAAUGAACUGCUAACGUCGGUAAUUCACACUGCUGGCAGUCGUGGCAAUGAAAAUCAGAUAAUAUUGUGACAAAUUGAUUUCACUGAUGUAAUAGAAAGCGAAAUCAUUUGUUUUUACUGUUAGUUGAAACACAGUUAGAUUUUCAGUCGAGGCUCAGCGCCAAGUACGACUCCCGUGUGUCAGAAACGUAUUGAUUGAUUUUGACAUACGGGACUCAUACUUAGUUGUAAGUUUUAUUUAGACUUUAAAUCUAACGCUUUAACUCCCUUAAACUUAUCGUUUUAUAAACCGAAACGUGUUUGCCCGGAAUGUCUGAGAUUUUAAAUCAAUAUAAGAUUUUUGAUGCGUCGUGGUAAAUUGUGUUAUUGCCUCCUGUAUUGUGUGAAAAUGUAAAAUAAGUUACCGAUAUUAUUGAUGUACUUUUAAACGUUGGAUUCGUGAUCUUGCUGUAGAACAUUGUGUACAUAUUUCCAUCGUUAAAUUAUUAAAGCACUUAUUUAAAAAUGCUCUUUCGUAUUAAAACGACAAUGCCCAGCAAUUGUACGACUCGUUUUCUUUAAGGGUAAAAUUCAGAGUAAAGACUGUGACUUCCGUCUUAAAAUGUAAUUGGUUAUUGACGUACUGGAGUCAUUCUUAGUGCUAAGUAUCGACUUUGAAUAUUACCCUUCUGUCAAAUGUUGUAGGCUUUGCAGCCAAGUAAAAGAAAACGGGUCAUUUAGUCGGUCAACUUAAGACUUAACCUUAAAAACUUUGACUUCUUACAGCUGUCGCUUCGUAAAGUGUAGUUUCAUUUCAUACUUUGCUGUAUUUUGCGUUGAGGUUUUUAUCAAUUACCUUGACAAAUGCUCAUAUCAAAGGUGUAGAAAUAUUAUUUAUUAUUUCUUUCCCUUGUAAAAUAUGUAAAUAGAUUUGCAAAACUAAUUUUUAUCAACGUUAUUAUUUACUUUAGAAAACUGGGCGAAUUUAGUGAGAGAGCUAUAUUUUUAACGUUUCGGCCAUACUUAAUUCUUUUGGCGUUUAUGAAAAAAAAAUCAUGAAAUCUGAUGUUACAAUUUGUACUUAAAAUUAAAAACAGUAGUUUAUGAUUUACAACCAAUUUCCUGAUAGCUCUUCGCUAUUUUACGUCUUUACAUAAUUUAAAGCCUUAAUUUAAUUGCAUACUUUUCGAAAGGUUUUCGAUUGGUAAAUUAUAAAGCGCGCUCAGAUAAUGUUAUUCGGUUUGUAAAAAAGAUGUCGCUUUCCAAAAAUCGGCGCUAUCGGCGAAGUGUAUAUUACGAGAUAUUAACUAUUUCUAUUAUCUAAAUGUUUGUAGCCUUACCGGACCAGUUAUGUCGAUAUGAAUGUAGACAAAUAAGUGGAAAUCUAUAUUUCGUUUACCUAGAUCACCGAAUAGUUUAUAUAUUCAAAUCGACAUUAUUGAAUAAGGCGACAGAUGCUUUUUUAUAUUUUAAUUGUAGAGAAAAGUAAACCGCUUUAUGUAUCGAACUUGCGAUCCUAUAUUUUUACUCUGUCUCUUAGUUAAAUAAAAUACCGCCAAUGAUUGUCGUAGUAAAUUACCAUAGUUUAUAACUAUCCUCUAGAUUUAUUUAUCGGACAGAGUAAAAGUAUAGACGUUUUGAACUGUAAAUUAUUUGUUUAUAAGCAACACUGUAACCAACUACAAUUUACAGUUAUGUACUUUUUCACUGUUUCCGUUUUCUUAAUAAAAAUGUUGAAAUGAUUAAA